CGCUCAUUACACUCUCUUACGCGUCCAGCCAUAUUGGUAAGUUAGCUACAAGGUGGGCAAAACCCGGCAUAUUUUAGUCGGAUUGUGGCUCUAAUUACGAUGGCGACAGACGAAAGAGUAGAAAGAGCAAAGCUCGCGGAGCAAAUGGAAAGAUACGAUGACAUGGCAAAGUUCAUGAAGGAGGCAACAGAAAGUAAAAAAGGUGACAAAGUAGAUCUUACAAGUGAAGAGAGAAAUCUACUUUCUGUCGCUUACAAGAAUGUGGUCGGAGCGAGGCGUGCUUCUUGGAGAGUUAUGUCAGCUUUAGAGGAGAAAUAUGAAGGAACUGAGGACAAGAAGUCGGUCUUGGAUGAAUAUAGGAAGAAAAUCGAGGAGGAAUUAAGAACAAUCUGCGAAGAUGUUCUGAAUCUUUUGGAACAGUUCCUCAUAAAAGACAAGGAUGAUCCUGAAAUCGACCAGCAUUAUGAAGGCCAGAUUUUCUAUCUGAAGAUGAAAGGGGACUACUUGAGGUACAAAGCAGAAGUUGCUCAACAAAGUUCAUCUGAUAAGGAGGAAAUAAUUAAACAGUCGGAAGAGUCAUACCAGAAAGCACUUGAACUAAGUGAGAUAAAGCUACCUUCAACUCAUCCUAUCAGGCUUGGAUUGGCACUUAACUUCUCUGUAUUUUACUAUGAAAUUAAGAAUGCACCAGACCAAGCUUGUAAAUUGGCUAAAAAGGCAUUUGAUGAUUCAAUUGCUGAGCUUGACAGUCUAAAAGAGGAUUCCUAUAAAGACAGCACUCUUAUAAUGCAACUAUUGCGUGACAACUUAACUCUGUGGACUUCAAACAAUGAUGAUGAAGAUGAAAAUGAUGAAAAGCAGUGAAGCUGUUGCCUCAGCAUGCAGCCAGUUUCUUCCCUUUGAAACUGUGUCCCUUUCAUAUUAAUCUGAACUUCCAUUUGUGUGAUACAGGUGCUGCCCACUCUUAUUUCCUUUGCCCAAAACAAAUCUGAAUCAUUGAUGAGAAUUUAAAAAAAUGUUUCCCCGUGAUCACACCCAUCUGCUGUGUCAUUCUACUGUAGAUAAGCCUCGAGUUUUGUACCAAAACUGGGCAUGAAAUGGUAGCUUCUUGAUAAAUAAGAUCCUAUACUUUUUUUUAGGGUAUAAGUCUGCAAUUUCAUAGAUUGCUUUUGGUACACUAAUGAAUCUUCUUUGCCGAGGUUUGUUAUGGAGCGUACAGAGCUGAUGGAAUGGGAUAAUUUUGUUUGAUUUGUUAUGUUAUGAUGGUGACAGUAUCCAGCCAAAAGUUCUGAAGCAAAGUGUAAUUUUCCAUUCAAUAUAACCAAUUUGUUAACCAUUAAAUGUAAGUUAUGCCAA